CCUUGCUAUUGUCGAACUCAUCUUCCAUCAAGCUUCUGUGCUAAUUGAUUCUCAAGCAUCAUGACUAUCGGAAUCGCCUUUAUCGGAGCAGGUCUCUUCAUCAAGGACUACCAUUUGCCUGGAGUUCAAGCCUCCCCAGACCUCGAGCUGAAGGCCGUCUACUCUCGCUCCCUGGAAUCUGCCGCCAGCAUCGCCCCCGACCAACACAUCGACCGCUAUGCCGACAACGCCGACCAAGGUCUCGACCAGCUUCUUGCACGUAAUGACAUUCAAGCCGUGAUCAUUGCGCUCCCCAUCGCCAAUCAAGCCCACUACGUCCGCGCCGCCCUAACAGCUGGCAAACACGUCCUCUCCGAGAAACCCAUCGCCAAAGACCUUUCGGAAGCGACCGCCUUACUGGACUGGUAUCGCACCACUAUCCUGCCCAAGGGCACCAUCUGGUCCGUUGCCGAGAACUACCGCUACUUCGACACGCUUCGGCACGGGCGCGCCCAAAUGCAUCGUCUCGGUCGCAUCCGCCAAUUCCGCACGCAGGUCUACUUCGAUUGCCGACCGGGCCGAUUUGUGUACUGGCCUUUCUUCGAGCUUGCGUGGCGUCAACAACCGGAGCAUCAGGGUGGAGCGGUGCUGGACAUCGGGGUUCAUCAUGCAGCGGCGAUGCGGUACCUACUGGGGAAAGGGGAACGGAUUACGCAGGUGAGUGCUUUUGUGGGCAGCUUUGCGGAUGCGUUGCCACCGGUGGACACGGUGGAUGCGAUGCUGCGGACCGAGUCCGGCGCGCAGGGAACGUUUCAGCUGUCGGGUUGUUCGAGUUUGAAGGAGGGUGGGUGGACGGUUGUUGGCGAGAAUGGCCAUCUUCAGGCGAAUGAUGAUAUGGUGGUGUUGAACCUGGAUGAACAGGAGGAAAGCAAGACACUGCCGCUGGAGAAACUGGCGGUCGUGAAUGAGAUUCAGGCAUGGGGGGAGGCGUUGGUAUCGGGACAGUUGAAACCCGAACAGCGGCCGGAGGAAGCGUUGGCAGAUCUAGAAGUGAUCGAGUUGAUCUUGAAGAGUGGUGCGGAGAAUGGUGCACCGCAGGCUACCAGAUAUCAAUGACUGGGGCGUAGCAGGUCUGGAUAACUGAGGUGAAUUCUAC